GCGGUCGGUCGAGGGGGGUGCUUUCCCCCGUCCUAAGAUCCAAAUUGGACCGCGUCUCGUGCGCAUUGGCCAAAUCCCUCUAUCCCCCCGUGGCGCCAUCUGUCAAACAAUUCUCCGCUUCUCGCGCGCACGCAGCCACGCACUCGGCUGGGAGAGACGAGAGCCCUCAACUCGGACGAUCGCCGGCGUAGGCCUCGUCUUGGAUCAUGACAGUCAGCCGUAGGAAGAAUAAGGCGGUGGCCAAGCCAGAUGACCGCACUACUGCCGAGUCUGGUGUCCAAUACCACUGUGACGUCUGCGGUCUGGACAUAUCCAGCACAGUUCGAAUAUCGUGCGCGACGUGCGCAGGGCAUCCGGGGCCAUUAGACACCUACGACCUUUGCUGCAGCUGCUUCCUCGAAGGAGCCGAAAGCGCGAGUCACAAGGCCUGGCAUGAUUACCGCGUCGUCGAACAGCAUGCCUAUCCGAUAUUCUGCGACGAUUGGGGAGCCGACGAAGAGCUGCUUCUCAUCGACGGUGCUCAGAUCUACGGCCUAGGCAACUGGGCCGACAUUGCCGACCACAUCGGCAACCGGACGAAAGAAGAAGUUGAGCGCCACUACCUCAAGGUUUACAUCGAGGGGCGUGAUGGUGCCUCGACAGGCGACAUUCGUGCAGAAGAAGCUGUUCGUCGUCAUCUUGCCAACCGAGCUCGCCUGCAAGGUAGCCCGCAAGAGGUGGAGGCCAAGCUCCGACGUACGCUUCCUGUGGUAGGGCCCAACAUCCACUAUAGGUCGGACAUUGACGCCGAAGAGUUUCAAAAACGUAAGCGGCGGAGGAUCGACGGUCUUCGCGAAAAUCAAGCGGCUUUUGGUGGUGUAUCCUCGAGUCAAGCUUCUGGCUCCUCGAAGCCAGCGCCACCAAAGCCUCUGGUGAGCGCACCAACAUCGCACAGCGAGCUGGCCGGGUUCAUGCCUGGUCGCCUAGAGUUCGAAACCGAGUACGAGCAGGACGCCGAGAAUUUUGUAAAGGACAUGGAGUUCGGUAAAGUUUACAAAUUCGGAGGCGAGCUUAUGCCAAGCGAACUCGAAGCGUUGGGAGGCAAGGCAGAGCAGGGCAAGUCGAGAAUGGAAGCCAGCGGGCGGGGCGGCCCGAGCCUUGGAGGCCGUGGGACGAAAGGAGUGCAAAAGGACAAAGGCGAUGAAGGCAUUCAAGAAGACGAUGACGAGAAGGAUGGUGACGACGAGGAGGGUACCACCGCCGCAGCCAAGGAUGAAGAAGAUGAGAAAGAAGAGGGUGAAGCCGAUGAAGAUGAUGAAGACGACGACGACGACAAAGGAGAGGAUCAGAGCGUGACACAGGAUCAAUCACAGGCAAAUCAUGACUCUCAGCAAGCCGAGGCUUCUGCGGCAGCAUCAGCAUCUGCGGCAGCCGCUGGUCAGUCUGCACCUGCUGAAACGGAUGACCGAGCUCCCGACUGGGAUGAAGACGAGGCCGACCUCGAGAUCAAGCUCAUGGUUCUUGACAUAUACAACGAGCGUCUCGAGCGGAGGCGUCGGAGAAAGGAGUUCAUCUUCGAAAGGAACUUGAUCGAUUACAAGAGAAAUGUCGCAGCCGAGCGCAAGCGCCCGAAGGAGGAGCGCGAACUGUUGAAUCGUGUCCGCCACUUCGCUCAGUUGCAGACGGCCACCGACUUCGAGGAUUUCGUCAAUGGUCUUUUCUAUGAGGAUGCGUUGCGGAGGGCGGCAGCGCAGUUGCAGUCAUACCGACGAGCUGGCAUUACCACAAUGACCGAAGCUGCCCAAUUUGAGUCGGAGCAAGCCGAGCGAGCACGCAAGGCGGCCGUUGCCGCCGAAGGGGGUCUUGCGGCCUUUCCCGCGAGUGGGGCUGCUCCUCGCUCGGCCGGCAGGGCAAUCCGAGACACUAGCACGCCCAACCGGGAUGAUUCGGAAUCCUCAGCGCCGUCUGCCAAGGCGGGAACCAAGAAGGAGACUAAUGCGAAGGACCCGAACAAACCGCCGCGCAAGCCACCGCAACCCAUGGACAUCUCCAAGAAUCCUUCAUUGCAUCUCUGUACGAGAGCCGAACAAGAGCUGUGUUCAAUCGUCAGGAUCCAGCCCCAUGCCUUCCUCGUCAUGAAGAAAGAAAUAAUCAACGAAUACAUUCGCAGAGGAGGCAAGCUAACGCGAAGGGAGUCGAGAGUGCUGUUCAAGUGCGAUGUCAACAAGAUCGGCAAGGUCUACGAUCUCCUCGAGCAGCAAGGCUAUCUGGCCGCGGCUGCAAAGAGAAACCUUCCAAGACGCCUACUUCACUGAUUGCCUCUGCGUCCAAGGAGAACAACCAUUCGGCCCCCAGCGUCAGCAACGGCGCUCCUCCCCCGGUCUCCGGCUCAAGCUCCAAGAUUUCGCUCUCAACUGCAUCAACUUCGGAUUCGCCUUCAACCCCACACACGCCCUCCCGGUCUACACCAAAUGGGCUGGCUUCCACGAAUAGCCAUAACAAAGCAAUGAUGGCCCCCAGGU